AGAUGGACGAAUCGCCGGAUGGGAGCAACGCAAAAGCCAAAGCCAAAACGCAGUUUCUUCGUCGUCGUCUUCACCCACUUCCCCUUCGGUUUUUAGAGAGAGAGAGAGAGCGAAACGCACAGCGCAGGGAAAAAAGAACCGAAACUAUUCGCGUUUUGAAAAACCCGUCACAAACUCACUCACUUGCAGCAACAUCAAAGAGAGAGAGAGAGAGAGAACCAAACGCGCGUUUUAACUCUCUCUCUUACUCUUCUCGUGUUUCUCUCUGUGAUCCUGCAUGGUUAGAUCCUUCAACGCCCAUUCCUCUUCUCGGAGAUCUUCCAUUCACGUCCCAAUCUUUCGUCUUCUUCGCCUCGCAGGGGUGCUGAAUAUGUAUGAAAGGAAUAUUUGUUGGAUGUGAAGUGAAAACCGUAAUUCACUUGCAUAGAUGAAGACAGCAAAAGAAUGGCGCCCAGGCAUGGGCGAUGUGCAGAUCUUGCCUGGGUCUCGUCAUCGUCCCCCAAUGAAGAAGCCUAUGUGGAUUAUUUUCUUGGUUUUAUUUGUGUGCGUGUUUCUAAUAUUUGCUUAUAUCUACCCGCCGAAAAGCAGUUCAACUUGCUACAUCUUCUCAAAUGGAAGGUGCCAGUCAAUUGCUGAUUGGCUUCCACCUGUUCCUGCAAGGGAAUAUACAGAUGAUGAGAUUGCAUCACGUGCUGUUAUUAGAGAUAUUUUGAAUGCACCACCAAUUCGUUCAAAGAAUCCAAAAGUUGCCUUCAUGUUUUUGACUCCUGGUUCUCUACCAUUUGAAAAAUUGUGGGAUAAAUUUUUCCAAGGACAUGAAGGGAAAUUCUCUGUUUAUGUGCAUGCAUCUAGGACUAAACCAGUUCAUGUGAGCCGAUAUUUUGUUAAUCGGGAUAUACGCAGUGAUCAGGUGGUGUGGGGUAAAAUAUCUAUGGUUGAUGCAGAACGGCGACUGUUGGCAAAUGCUUUACAAGAUCCUGAUAACCAGCAAUUUGUUUUACUUUCUGAUAGCUGUGUGCCGUUGUAUACUUUUGACUAUAUUUUUGAUUAUCUGAUGUAUACAAAUAUCAGCUUCGUCGACUGCUUUAAGGAUCCUGGUCCUCAUGGCAAUGGCAGGUAUUCAGAACGGAUGUUACCUGAAGUUGAGAUGAAGGACUUUAGAAAGGGUGCACAGUGGUUUUCACUGAAGCGGCAACAUGCUAUUAUAGUUAUGGCUGACAAUCUGUAUUACUCAAAAUUUCGGGCUUACUGUCAGCCUGGUUUGGAUGGGAAAAAUUGCAUUGCAGAUGAGCAUUACUUACCUACCUUCUUCCAGAUUGUUGAUCCUGGUGGAAUUUCGAACUGGUCAGUAACUCAUGUUGACUGGUCUGAGAGAAAAUGGCAUCCAAAAUCAUAUAGGGUCCAGGAUGUUACGUCUGAGCUUUUGAAGAAUAUUACGUCCAUUGAUGUUAGUGUGCACGUCACCAGUGAUGAGAAGAGACAAGUACAAAAGUGGCCUUGCUUAUGGAAUGGGUUUCAGAAGCCAUGUUAUCUAUUUGCUAGGAAAUUCACUCCUGGAACACUGGACGGUUUGUUGCAACUUUUUUCUAAUUACUCAUCACCUUAAGCCAGUGAAUUUUGAUCGAUUCUUUGGUCGGAUCAGUUGUUGCUUUCGGCCCCUCUUGGUUUCUCAUAUGGCAAGAGUUGUAAAUUACAUAAUCAUUGAUACUACGGAGUGCAAGGUCUACACUGGCAUCGCAGUUAGGGUGGCCUAAUGUAUUAUGUUGGAUAGGAGGCUAACGAUUUAGUGUUGGUUCCGUAGGGAAUGGGAUCAAUAGCUCGACUCAUCUCCCCACUUUUUACAUUUUUGGUUAUUAAAGGUUUCUGAUUACACGACAAAUUUUGGGGGAAUCGUUUCAAUCCAUUUUGUGGUUCGUCUUUGUAAAACUUGCAAAUGCAUAUUGUUUAGUUGAAAAUACAAAUGUUACCUGUUCUCAAGAAAUUCAUGGUUUACUGCUUGAUGCAAUCUUCCUAGCCUCCUGUUGCGGCUGAUGCAUUUAAAUGUGGGGUUUGAUACCACGAGGAUAUGUAAUUUUAAUUUUGAAACUGUAUUUUAUGGAUUUAUAUAGCAGCAGUAGUUUUUAUUUACUAGUUUUUGUACUUAUUCAGUGAACCAAGAAAUUGAUAAUUACAUGUUUUGGCUUGCGGA